ACAAAACGCACGCGUCCACACCAUCUACGCGGGACAUCGGCAGCUCUUGCACGCAUAGAGUACUCUGCGCAGCCAUUGGACACCGGCAUUGAUCCCUCACUUGAGUUGCAACUUGUGCGAAGCUUGUGCAACACUCACUCAGUAACACCAGCCUUGCAGCCUCAGCCCAACACUCCGCAGCCAUGACCAAAUCAAUCCUCAUCGCAUUGCUCGUCGCACCGGCGCUGUCGCUCGUCGCACCGCGGUCAUGUAUCAGGCGAAGCGCCUUGCACGCCGAGGUCGCUGAGGUAGAUGAGGCGGCGCCGCCGCCCCUCACGGACGCGCAGGCCGACGCCAAGAAAGAAACGCUGGAAUUCCUGCAGACGCGCUACUUCUUCGGACGAGUCUCGGUCUACCUCGGGCCGCAGUACAAGCCGCUCAACGAAAUCUUCGAGCCUUCUCGCAAGGACGACACCACUGCUAUUGCUUCUGUGGUGGUCCCGACGCCCCUCGGCAUGGUCAUCGAGGAGUCGGCGAAUUACCGGGGGAAGAUCGAGGUCAUCGACGUCGUGCCCGAUAGCAACGCGGCGAAGGCGGGCAUUCGGGUCGGAGAUAUUUUAAGGGGCACGACGGGCAUGGCGUUGAACAUCCAGCAGGCGUCGGAAGAGGACUUUGGGUUCAGCGUGGGCUUGUCCGAGGGGACGAAGCAAAUAGCCUUCCUGCCGACGGACCGGAAGAAUUUUGAUUCGGUGAUGAGCGCGCUCCAGUCGAACGCGAACCGGGGCGAGGCGACGCUCGUCUUCGAGCGGGUGGUCAAGGCGGCGGCGCAGUAAGUUAUGUCUGGUUCUUGCUUGUUUGGAC